AAGUAGAUUUCCCCAGGCGUACACUCAUUUUCUGUAUUGCAAUAAACAUUUUGUACGUACAUUCUUUAACAUGGUAUAUUUUAAACCGCGGGAGCCUGGCACUGUAAAGGAAUACUCUUAAGGAACACCACGUAUGGGAUCGAAACCUACGCUUCUUGAAGCUAAGCUAACGUUAUUGCAUCUAUUAGCAAAACUCGCUAGCUAAGAAGCUAGCGCUAGCACUUAGCUAUCCCUACCCUACCGUCGAGCUAGCUGUGCAUUAGCACUUUAGCCUAGCUUGCUAACCAGUGACAACUGACAAAGGGUAUGGAUGAUGUGAUCCUGAACGUGCAAGAGUGAAAAAAAAAGAUUUUCCUGUUUGUGUCAUUAUCAACUGCAGCUGACACACACACUUUCAGCCUCUCUUCAUAAGACAACUCCCCAGUAAUCGACACGGCAUCCCUGUCUGCAGUUCUUUCUGCACCUGAACCAUGUGAGGGCCCCUCGGUCCAGUCUGAGGGGAUCCCAGGACUAUUUCAAAAACGACCCCGCUGUGCGGGGCAAGACUGAUCCUGUCUGUGUUUGAGAAAGCAGUCUUUCCAGUAGCCCCCUCCCCAUCCACACAUUCCUGUUCUCCUUACCAAGGAGACACGCCAUGAUGUUCCGAGACCAGGUAGGUAUCCUCACAGAUUGGUUCAAAGGCUGGAAUGAGUGUGAACAGACGGUGGCACUGUUGUCCCUCCUGAAGAGGGUGUCCCGCACCCAGGCUCGCUUCUUACACAUCUGCCUAGAACACUGGCUGGCAGACUGCACAGAGAUCCACAUCCUUGAAGCUGAGGCCAACAAUGCAGCAAUUGUCAGCCAGUGGCAUCAGGAACCAAAGGAGAAAGUGGUGUCCUUGCUGCUGUCCCAUCUGCCUCUGCUGCAGCCACGCAACAGUGAGGCCAAAUGUGAGUAUAUGAAGCUGCUGCAGAAGGUGUUGAGUCACACUAUUGAGAGUAGCCUGUUUGUGGAAGAAAGCAGACAGCUGCUCUCCUAUGCGCUCAUCCACCCUGCCACCACACUGGAUGACCGCACCUCUCUGGCCAUGUGGCUAAACCACCUGGAGGAGCACCUAUCCGGUGGCUACGCACCCCGGGCCCCAUCAAGCCCCUACCACCCACGCCAGGGCUCAGAUGAAUGGCCCAGCUCUGCUGAGGCUCUGGACCCAGGCCAUGCCUGGCACGACAAGUCCCCAUCAUCCAGCACAUCUCCAGCAGGCCAGAACGGACACAUGCCGUUCCCAGGCGGCAUGUCCUCACCCAUAAACAGCAAUAACACAGGUCUGGGUGGACAGAUGCAGCCCAGCCCUUUGAAGAAGUCCAUGUCCGUUAUUCCUUCCAGUCCCCAGGCUUGUGGCUCUGAGUGGGUUAGCCAGGAUGAUGGAGGGGGCCGGCAGAACUUCAUUCCAACGGACCAUGCACCUCUUUCGCCCCAGAGUAGUGUAGCCUCCUCAGGCAGUGAGCAGACAGAAGAACAGGGCUCCACUCGCAACACUUUCCAGGAGGAUGGUAGUGGCAUGAAAGAUGUUCCUGCAUGGUUGAAAAGUCUCCGCCUUCAUAAAUAUGCAUCGCUUUUCUCCCAGAUGACCUAUGAGGAGAUGAUGAUUCUUACAGAGCAGCACCUUGAGUCGCAGAAUGUCACUAAAGGAGCACGGCAUAAGAUUGCCUUGAGUAUUCAGAAACUGCGAGAGAGGCAGAGUGUGCUCAAGUCUUUAGAAAAGGAUAUUUUGGAAGGGGGAAACCUUCGUAACGCCCUUCAGGAGCUGCAACAAAUCAUCAUCACUCCCAUUAAGGCCUACAGUCCACCCAGUGCAGCACAGCCCACCUUGGACACCACCUCCUCCCCUUCAGAAGCCACAAAAACAGGAGCAGACAAAGAGUCAGCCUCAGAGGGCUUCCAGUCCCACAACCCACCUCCCUGUGAUGGAGACUCUUCAGCCACACCCAUCUCAGACGGCGACAUUGCUGGACAGUUCACCCGUGUCAUGGGCAAAGUGUGCACCCAGCUGCUGGUGUCCAGACCAGAUGAGGAGAAUAUCAGCUGUUACCUUCAACUCAUUGAGAAGUGUCUGACACAUGAGGCUUUCACAGAAACUCACAAAAAAAGGCUGGUCUCCUGGAAGCAGCAGGUCCUCAAACUGCUCCGUCUGUUCCCUCGGAAAGCUAUGCUGGACAUGCCUGUGUACCGACAGAAAGGCUGGACCUAUGGGUCUAACUCCCUCCCCACAGCAGGCUCUGUGAGUGGAGGUGUAGGGCGAAGAGGGCAAAGGCAGUUCCAGAUGACCCCUCGUGGACUCCCAGCCGGGCGCAUAAAUCUUCUGAGUCCUGGUGGGAUUGGGGGAGCAUCUCCACGCCACACACUCACUAAUCCUGUGCUGGCAGGCCAGGGAAGACAAAGCUUGUGGUUUGCCAACCCCGGGGGCAGUAACAGCAUGCCAAGUCAGAGUCGCAGCUCUGUACAGCGGACCCACUCACUCCCUGUCCACACUUCCCCACAAACCAUGCUCAUGUUCCAGCAGCAAGAAUGCCAAGUUCCAGGUGCUGACCUGGAGAUUAACCCUACGCUGGAGUCACUGUGCCUCAGUAUGACAGAGCAUGCCUUAGGGGAUGGAACAGACCGAACUUCAACAAUAUGAACAGACGAAAGGAAAAACACACUUCAGUUGAGGCCUGUUCAGUUCCUCAUCACCCAGCACAAAGAUAUACGUAUGCUUAAGAAAACCAGGCAAAGCAGUCACUACAAAAUGACAAAAAAACUGUGUAUAUGUUCUCUAAUAUUUUUGUACUUUAUUAUAUACAACUAAGUUUAUUAAAAAUGGAAUACAGAUGAUUAUUAUAUUGCAGGACAGAGAGGAACAGGUUAACUGUGCAAACUGCUUCAUGUCACCUGCAGGACUGUAACAUGAUGUGCAGAGGCUCAGUUUGCUGUGGUCUGAGAGAAAAACAGUGGAUUGGUGCUGUCUUAAAGGGGUUCUGCCCUAUGAGUUACUUUUCUUUUCCUCCUGCCAAUGGAGCAAGGCUUUCUUUCCAGAACACACUGACAGCCACAGCCCCCCUUCAACUCCCCCCCAGCACCACAUAAUGUGUAGACUCAGAAAAUUUCCAGCCAGAAGUAAGGCACUUUUAUUAAAUGACCUCUGAUAUUAGGCACUAAACUGUAAUUGGCUCAAGGGUAGACUCAAUGAUGAAAGGUUCCACUUUUAGACGUGUUGAUAUACAAACACCAAGAACACCUCCUAGCCACCCUAACUGUUCCAUAACCAGUGCUAGUGAGAGCUUGUGUUGGUUGAAACUUAGACUCCUUUCCUUGGUUCUUUUUAUCCUCUCUAGAACAGAUGUUUUUGUGGCAAAAGCAAGAAAGGGAGGACCAAAAGGAUUGAGAAAAAGCUUGCAAUUCAACUGCAGGCAUUCCCGUUGUCUUGGUUGUUUUUCCUGAACACGUAGUCAAAGUAGAAGUGACUGUCCUCCUCUAAACUUCUACAAAGCCAAAGAGAAGGGUUGUACGAUUGUUAAUUUGAGAAGGAUAUUUGUAGUUAAAUGCAACAGAAUGGUAUAAUUUUGUAAAAAGAACAGCAGUUUGAAGAAUUUAUGCCAGCUGCAAUUUGUCUGUUAUUUUUUGCCCUACUACAUAAAUGAUGAUGAAUCUCAUUUUGUGCCGAGGAAACCCCAGAGGGGUGAAUAAGGGCUGGUGUGGUUUGUACUGUGCGAGAGCUGAUUUGAUAUUGAAUUGAUAAAAGUGAGGAGGGUAGAGUGUUUUCAAUUUACACUCUAAUGCUGGGUGAGAAAACUAAAUGAAACCCAUUUCAACCCUCUGGCCCCCUUAUGAUUGGCUCUAGAAAUGAAGCUUGAUCUUGUAAUAAAUGCUCCGGAGCGCAGCACCUCACCCUCACAGUGCCCUGUUCCUCAAAUGGCCAAUGUGAUGAUUUGAUGAAUCAUACUUUUCAAGGUGCUUGACGAUGUCCAUAUUUUCUGUUUGUGUCUCAAUGUGUUUCAGUCUCAGAACCCUAACAUUAUCAUGUGGUAUCAGUGUUGAAUCAAAAACAGUCUUAUACAGCCUCUGUCUUUGAAUGUGGCAGAGCGGAGGUGCAUGUAUGUGUAAUAUGGUCUUAACUUUUGGAUCACUUUUGGUUGCAUCAUAAGGCAGGGAUAACCAUUCACAUUUUAUUUCAGCAGAGCCAUAGGAGGUCUGUCUAGUAAAGAUGGUUAUUUACAGA